CGUAGCGAAAACGACAAACAACGACUUGUCUAUCAUCGAUGCUAAGACUGGGCAAAAAAGUGGAAUCUACGCUUCAUUUGGCAAUCUUUCCUGGAAGGCAUCACGCCAUCUUCGUCUCUAGGAUAUUAUUUCCGUUAUGACGGAAGACUUUGCCUAUGACCCUAGCAGCUGCUCUUGUUUGGAACGGAUUUAUGUCCAUACAUAGAUAGAGGGCCUCUAUUUCUGUCUUGUGAAAGGAAUGUCGGACUACAAAAAAACAACAACCUUCCGGAUGAGUUCCUCUCAGGUGAAUAAUUUGUCGUCCCUACCUGUGUGCUGGCUGUGUGAUUUUUGAGUAAGGACGGGAGGAAGUGAGUUAUCCAGGAAGGAUGUGAGUUCAGUUUUCCUGUGUUCCUUUUUUAUUGCAUGUGCAGAAUACAGUUUGUUAGACGCUGACCGGUUUGUGCGCGGGAGAGGAAGUGAGAUGAUGGCGUCGGUAGACGCGCGCACGGCCGCUGUCGCUGGACUCGGGGAGAGACCAGUGGUCGUGCAGCAGGAAACUGGUUUGCCCCAAGAGGUGACGGAGGCGACCUUGAGUCUGACAGACAUGACCUUGGAGCAGGCACGAGCGCGACUGCAGGAGAUGCAGAGUUACAACAUGUCUCUGAGAGACAAUCUGCGCGAGCACAACAAAGUGAUGAAGGAGCAGUUUGAGGCUCUGUCGGACUGGCGCAAGCGCGAGACGGGGAAGUUUGAGCAGACCAAGGCGUUGAUCACAGCUCUACGGGCAGAGAACCAGGAGCUCCAGCUCAAAGUUAUGACCCUUGAGGAUAAAACGAAAGACCUGAGCUCCCAGGUCCAGUCCCUGGAGAAGGAGAAGGGUCACCUCCUGAGACAGAAGGCCUUCAGUGACCAGCGGGCCAUCAACAUCGAGAAACAGGCGGAGGAACAGGGCAUUGUGGGACUGGAGGCUUCGGGCGGGGACGACGUCUCUGAUGCCGUGGUGUUUGUGGCGACGGCCGACAAGGAGCAGAUGAUCCUUGACCUUGAGUGCUCGGUGGCUCAGAAGAACGAACGUAUCGCAACGCUCAGGGCGGAGUUGCUCAAAAAAGAGGAGGAGGUGGGCAAAUUCCGCGACUCGACCAAACAGCUGCUCAAGGACAUGGAGUCUCAGCAGAAGUUGAAGGAGGCGGUGGAGGGAGAGAAUCGAACCCUACAGUCCCAGAUUCUGCAGGCGGAACACAAGCUACACCAGCACAUGCAGUCAGUGAUACAGACGACGAAGCGAGAGAUCCAGGUGGACCAGAUGUUUGGGCCAGUGUCGACCGAAAUGCAGCCGGCACUGGGCCGAGGGGAAGGUGGCGCCGCUGGUGGUCAGGACGUCUCGGAGAACUGGAAGGACCUGGGUCAGUUGACGUUCAGACAGGGGUCAAGCGAGGUGCUGGACACGGUGGAGAAGAUGGCGGCCAAGAUGGAGGAGGAGCGUCGGUCGAAGGCACAGGUCGUCCUUCAAGUGGAACAGCUACAGGCUCAGCUGAAGGAGCUAAGCGUGAAAAACAACAACACAGAGCAGCAGCUGCAAGAGGCCAGACAGGAAGUGCAAGCGACGGCCGCUCGGCUCGGUGCAGAGUACGAGACAAAAUUGAUGGAGGUGGCGCGACAGAGCUCCGUACAGGGCACCAGGUCGAUCCAGGCCAGCAACACGGAGGACCUGUCCAUCAUGCGCUCCCAGGUGCUGACGCUCAUCAAGGAGGUGGACGAGAAGCAGAACAACCUGUCCGCUGCAAUGGCCGCCAUCAGCACCAAGGAUGGCCGGCGACAGCAUCACCAGCUCCAGAUGUCCUUCAACGAGAUAGUGUCCGAGUACCGAGAGCUCGUGGACAUGGUGGAGGCCAACAAGGCAGACAUGCAUGGGCAGUCGCCGCACAACUCCAAGGAGCUGAUGGAGGAGCUGAACCGACUGACCGCCCAGGUGAUGGCGGCUGAUGAGGCCAUCGCGCUCCGAGACGAACAGAUCACGCGGCUCAAGCGGGCACACAACACCACCACCAACCACGAGGAGGAAAUACAACUGCUCAAAAUGCAGGCUGAACUUUACAAGAACGAUUUUGACGCGGAGCGAGAGUCGCGCACACGGCUGGCGGAGGAGAGAGACAAACUGGCAGAGGAGAUGAAGGCGUUGCAUGAGAGGCACCGACAACUGGAGCUGGAGAUGGACCAACGACAGAUCAGCGACAUCCAGCGCCGCGUCUGGGCCGGGGGACAGGCACGGAUGGCCACGCCCCCCACCGUCCCCCACCCCGACUACCCGGGCAGACUGCGGACCACGCCCCCCUUAGCUCAAGACUUCCGACAAGCCGGCGCUGGCGGGGGGUUCUACACGGGGAUGGGUCGCAUGAACACACCCCCACCCAACCCGGCCCCCCCUCAAGGCGAGGAGGAGGAGCCACAGAGCCUGCGUCGCUACGACUGCCCGGCCUGCAACGCCGUCUUCCCCGACCAGGACAGUCUACAGCUGCAUGUUGGCGACUGUCUCGAGAGGCAGUGACGCCUGCCACUUACUCCCAGUGACACCUGCUUCUCACACCCAAUGACGCCCGCCACUCACACACAGUGACCUCACACACAGUCUAACAGUGACGCCCGCCACUCACACACACUGACCUCACACACAGUCUAACAGUGAUGCCCGCCACUCACACACAGUGACCUCACACACAGUCUAAGUGAUGCCCACCACUCACGCACAGUGAUGCCCACCAAUCACACACAGUGACGCCCACCACUCACACACAGUCUAACAGUGAUGCCCGCCACUCGCGCACAGUGAUGCCCUCCAAUCACA